AUGGUUCCUGCUGGCACUAACACAGACUGUGAGCCUCCCGCUCUGGAUUGGAGGUUCAGCCCAGAUGGUAGUGGGAAGAUUCAGGAUGUGCUUGCUAAAGGCAACUUCCAAAACCACCUGAUCUUCAUUGAUCGCCCCCCCCUCCACACACAUGAUGGACGAUGGUCCUGGAGUGAUGGCUCCAAAUUCAAUUACAAGAACUGGGCCAAAGGAAAGCCGGAGAACUUUGAUCCUGCCAGAAGGCCAUGUAUCCAGAUGAACUAUGGAGAGAAACACUGGAAUGAUGCAACAUGUGGAAUGAAGUUUCCCUCCCAGUGUUCUCUAAGGACAGAGUAGAUCUGGCAGGAUCAGACUUCAGUGUCUCUGAACAGACUAAGGAUAAUCAAAAGCAUGAAUGUUCUUGUGAGUGCUCCUGAUUUGACUAAUAAAACA